AAGUCACGCACCCCCUUAGGCAAAUUCCGAGACCCGCCCUUUCCGGAAGUUUUAACACUCUGUGCGCCCGGGCAAUGUGAUUGACAGGGUAAUCAUCCGGUCCGUUAUCUAAACCCGUCACUCCGGGAAACAGCAACCCGAUCUUUCCGGAUCCGCGCUUUCCCAGCAUCCUUUGCCUUCCGGUAUGUGGCCCAGUCUGGCUCGUCCGGUCUAGCGCGCCCAUUUCGAGCCCAAGUUUCCAGCUCGGGUUUCCGGGCUCAGAAGUUUCCAGGAGUGGGUUCUUCGGCAGCGGCUGUGGGAGCAGGAAUGGCGCAGCUAGAGGGUUACUAUUUCUCGGCUGCCUUGAGCUGUACUUUUUUAGUGUCUUGCCUCCUCUUCUCCGCCUUCAGCCGGGCGCUGCGAGAGCCCUACAUGGAUGAGAUCUUCCACCUGCCUCAGGCGCAACGCUACUGUGAGGGCCAUUUCUCCCUUUCCCAGGUGGGGUCUCCAACCUGUCUCCACCCCAGGAGAGGCCUGAGAGGUCCCAGCGUCCCCAGCUCCUUCUCCCAUCCUUAGACUUAACUCGUCCGGUUCCACCCCACCAGCCCCAGAACAUGAAAGAAACUGGUGGGAUCCCAUGAUUACUACAUUACCUGGCUUGUACCUGGUGUCAGUUGGAGUGGUCAAACCUGCCAUUUGGAUCUUUGGAUGGUCCGAACAUGUUGUCUGCUCCAUUGGGAUGCUCAGAUUUGUUAAUCUUCUCUUCAGUGUUGGCAACUUCUAUUUACUAUAUUUGCUUUUCCGCAAGGUACAACCCAGAAACAAGGCUGCCUCAAGUAUCCAGAGAGUCUUGUCAACAUUAACACUAGCAGUAUUUCCAACACUUUAUUUUUUUAACUUCCUUUAUUAUACAGAAGCAGGAUCUAUGUUUUUUACUCUUUUUGCGUAUUUGAUGUGUCUUUAUGGAAAUCAUAAAACUUCAGCCUUCCUUGGAUUUUGUGGCUUCAUGUUUCGGCAAACGAAUAUCAUCUGGGCUGUCUUCUGUGCAGGAAAUGUCAUUGCACAAAAGUUAACUGAGGCUUGGAAAACUGAGCUACAAAAGAAGGAAGACAGACUUCCACCUAUUAAAGGACCAUUUGCAACAUUCAGAAAAAUUCUUCAGUUUCUUUUGGCUUAUUCCAUGUCCUUUAAAAACUUGAGUGUGCUUUUCCGUCUGACUUGGCCCUACAUCCUUCUGGGAUUUCUGUUUUGUGCUUUUGUAGUAGUUAAUGGUGGAAUUGUUAUUGGCGAUCGGAGUAGUCAUGAAGCCUGUCUUCAUUUUCCUCAACUAUUCUACUUUUUUUCAUUCACUCUCUUCUUUUCCUUUCCUCAUCUCCUGUCUCCUGGCAAAAUUAAGACAUUUCUUUCCUUAGUUUGGAAACGUAGAAUUCUGUUUUUUGUGGUUACCUUAGUCUCUGUGUUUUUAGUUUGGAAAUUCACGUAUGCUCAUAAAUACUUGCUAGCAGACAAUAGACAUUAUACUUUCUAUGUGUGGAAAAGAGUUUUUCAAAGAUACGAAAUUGUGAAAUAUUUGUUAGUUCCAGCCUAUAUAUUUGCUGGUUGGAGUAUAGCUGACUCAUUGAAAUCAAAGUCAGUUUUUUGGAAUUUAAUGUUUUUCAUAUGCUUGUUCAUUGUUAUAGUUCCUCAGAAACUGCUGGAAUUUCGUUACUUCAUUUUACCUUAUGUCAUUUAUAGGCUUAACAUACCUCUGCCUCCCACAUCCAGACUCGUUUGUGAACUGAGUUGCUAUGCAAUUGUUAAUUUCAUAACUUUUUACCUCUUUCUGAACAAGACUUUUCAGUGGCCAAACAGUCAGGACAUUCAAAGGUUUAUGUGGUAAUAUCAGUGAUAUUUUGAACUGUAAAAAUGGACUUAAUAAUUAGACCAUUUCUACAAAGAACAACUGAAUAGGUAGAAAUCAUGGAAUUUCUUUUAGGUGCAGUGGUGGUCCUCAAAUUACAUUAGUGUGUGUGUAUAUAUAUAUAUAUAUAUAUAUAUAUGUAAAAAUAUGUAAGAAAUCAAGUGGCAAAGAACUGAGAAAGCUUAAGACCUGCUUCAAAAGCCUGAAUAAUGGGAAAAUUGUUUUCAGAUAUCUCAUAUUGCUUUCAUAAUGUUGGCCCCUCAAGAAGCUUGGGAAUGUUUUGUAUGUACAAGUUUAUUAAAACUGGGUAUGCUUCAUAUUACUGGAACUAAUUUAUUCUCUUCAGAGAGAAAUAUUAGGUUAGUACAAAAGUAAUUGUGGUUUUGCCAUUACUUUCAGUGGCAAAAACCACAAUUACUUUUGCACCAACCUAAUAACAAUGUAUUAGCAAAUAUUUACAAAUGGUCAGGUGAUAUUCUUGAUUGAAAAGUUGCUUAACAUUUCAGUAAAUAUAAUUUUAAUUCUAAGUCAAAAUAGAAAUACAUAAAUAGUAAAUGAUAAAGUAGAGACUCAUAUAUGUCUGUCUAGGCAUCAAAUUGUUGGUUAUUGUUUACAAUCUAGAAAUGAUGAAGCUCUUUGACUAAUUCCUAAUAUGAAAUGUAUGAUGGCCAAAGACAAAUUUUGUUGAUUAUAAUCCUUUAAAAGAGGGAUUUCCUUUCUGAAAUACAUAUUAUAUUAGCUUCCCAGGGCUGCCAUAACAAAUGACCACAAACUUGGUUGCUUACAACAAUUUUCCUCACAGUCUGGAGGCCAGAAAUCUAAAAUCAGAGUGUCAGCAGAGUUGGUUCCUUCUGGAGGCUCUAAGGAAGACUCCGUUCCAUGUCUGUUUCCUAAUAUCUUGUGGCUGUCUGAAAUUCUUGGAGUUCUUUGGCUUAUAGACAAAUCUUGUCCAAGUAUUGCAGACAGCAGUCUUCACUCCAGUCUCUGCCUCUGUGCUCACACAGCCUUUCCCUCUGUUUUCUCUUCAUUACCUUUUGAGGACAGUGUCUUUGAAUGUAGGGCCCACCCUGAUCUACAAUGAUUGUGUCUGGAGCCCCUUAAUUAUGUUUACAAAGACCCAUGUUCCAAGUAAGUUCUUAUUCACAUGUUCUGAGUAGACAUGUCUCUUCCUGGGAUACUUUUCAGUCCAUGACAGUUACUAAAGGACAUUUUAGGAUAAUCCUCAUAAUGAUUGUUAGGAGACUACCUUUUUAAAUUUUUUUUUUGUUAUAUAUCAAAUUAUAGUUGUAUACACUUAUGAGGCACAAAGUGGCGUUAUGAUUUUUGAAUAUAAUGUGGGAUGAGUAAAUAAAGCUAAUAUUUGACAUAUUUUGUGAUGAAAACAUUUGAAAUUUACUCUCAACAGUAUUGAAAUGUACAGUGCUUAAUUAUUAGCUGUAUUCACCAUGUUGUAUAAUAGAUCUUAAAAAAGUCAAACAUAUUCCUUCUGUCUAAUUGAGGCUUUGUAUCUUUUGAUUAUAAUCUCCCCAUUCCCACAUCCCUGGCCUCUAGUACCCAUCAUUCUUCUCUCUACUUCUUUGAGUUUCGUUGUUUUAGAUUACACAAAUAAGUGAGAUCAUGUGGCAUUUGUGUUUCUGUGCUUGGCUUACUUCACUUACCAUAAUGUCCUCCAGGUUCAUCCAUAUUGUUGCAAAUGACACAAUUUCUACCUUUUUAAAGGCUGAAUAGUAUUUUAUUGUGUAUAUAUGCCAUAUUUUCUUUAUCCAUUCAUUCACUAAUGAACACUUAAGUUUGAUUGAAUAACUUGGUUAUUGUGACUUGUCUGCAAUGAACGUGGAGUGCAGACUUCUCUUUGACAUACAGAUUUCAAAUCUUCUGGAUAAAUGCCCAGAAGUGGGAUUGUUGGAUCAAGAGAUAGUAUCUUACCUUUUAAAUAACUCUCAGUAUCUUUACUGAGAGGUUAAAAAAUAAGUGACUUCUGAGGUAAUAUACAGCUAAAGGUGACUAGUGUUUGAUUCCAUUAUCUAUUAAAAAAAAAAAAGUCAGCAUUGAAAAAGGUGCUAUUUUCAACUAUUUAUUAUUUUAAAAUAAGAAUGCUUAUCAAUACUUUUGAAUUUAAGAUAAAUGUCUUGGUUAAAUUUUCUAGGCAGUUCAAAGAUGGCCAUUUGCUGGUGAAUUUUCCAAAGUAGGUAACAGAUAAAAUGAUUAUAUAAGAACUUGGCACAACAGACCAUUUUGCCUUUAGUUGUUCAAGAAAUGAUACCAAACUCAAAGUCAUUCACUUGAAACAAUUGACAAGACCAUUCUUAAGUGUUUAGAUCCUUGCUUUUAGAAACAUUCUUAGUUAUAUUUGUGUUUUCAAGAGUUAUUGAGUAGAUUUUUUUUCAUGAAUUUUUAAACAUUAGACUUAGCUGAAUUGGUUAAAAUCAGGUGAUUAUGAAAAAAAGUACUGCCCUGCUCAAGGGUAUGUGGAGCCCUACAGUUAACCAUUACGAAAAUCUGUGAGUAUGUCUAUUUUGAAAAGUGUUGUAAGAAGAUCUAGUCCAUAAAUCAUUAUAGGUUCAGUAAUACAUCAUUUUGAACUGAUUCUAUCAUCUGUGAAAUUCUAGAGAUAUGUUAUCUUUAGGUAGCAUUAGUAAGAUUCAGGUAUGCUGUGAAUUUUGUUACGUUUAUGUUUUCCAUUAAUGGAUAGUCAGAAAUCUUUUGAACUGCGUCUGACUGUAUUUAAAUGUUUGGAAAGAUAGUGUGUCUCAGUUUAAACAUAGCAUCUCAUUUUGGCAAGAUAAAUUAUUUUAGCUGUGUUGCCUUUUCUUUGUCUUCUUAGAGUUAUUUCUGAAAUGUGCAUAGCCAGUCAUAAAAUACCUUUUAUAAAUAGCCUAAUGUAAUUUAUUUAUAAUAAAUACAUGGCUUAAUGAAAUGCAUUUCUAGUUUGAACUUAAUUGCCACUUGGCUUGAUAUUAUUUUCCUUAGAAUUGUUGGAAGAGAGGAGAGAGGAAAGGAUCUACCAUUUUUAUUUAUACCACCUAAAUAGUGGACUGUUAUUUUAGACUCACUUUUAAAUAAAAUAUUUAUUCAUAUGAAGAAAUACAUUUUGUGUUUAUUAAUUAGCAAGCAUUUAUUAUCUUUGAAGUAAUUGGAAUUUCAUUAAAAAGUGAGGCAAGUAAGAAUUGUGAUAUAAAUUUGAAAAAUUUUAAAUGGAAAUUUAAAUAUGACUUAGGAUCCAAUGGGCUUGUAGAAAAAAACAUUUAACAUGGGGGUUAAGAUUUUUAUAUUUGGUUGUGGCUCUGGUAUCAAUAAGGCAAGUGGUUUAGUCUUUAGUCCUCAUUUCAGAUGACAAUAGUAUUUGUCCUACCUCUAGUCAGUGUCUGAUUGGUAUGUAUAUAACCUUAUAUUAAAAAGGAUUCAUCCUGCCAUAUACUCAUAAUAUGUCAUAUGAUAAAUAUUGAGUAGAUAUAUACUGAAUGAAGUUUUUAGUAUAGAGUGAAGUGAAUAGAAAAAAUAUCAUAUAUAACCAUGGCUAAUUUUAGGAAGUAAAUAGUGUUUCAUAAUAAGAGUCAUCCUAAACAUUUUUCUGCAUAAUUUUCUGACCCAGUGUUAAAAAUUUUUAUUUGCUUUAGUGCAAGCUUGUUCAACCCACAGGCCACAUGCAGCCCAGGACGUUUUUGAAGGCGGCCCCAACACAAAUUUGUAAACUUUCUUAAAACAUAAUGAGAUUUUAUGUGAUUUUUUUUUUUUUUAAUAGCUCAUCAGCUAUCAUUAGUGUUGGUGUAUUUUAUGUGUGGCCCAAGACAGUUCUUCCAGUGUAGCCCAGGGAAGCCACAAGAUUGGAGACCCUUGCUAGCGUUUAAUGCUUAUACAUGUAUUUACUUGUAAAUAUGUUGUUUCUUUGAUAGGAUAUGAUUUCAACAUAAUUACUGUUUAUUUAAAAUAAGAAAAAUAAAUAACUUUCAACCAUUAAGAGGUUAUAAGACCUUAAAGGGAAAGUUUCUUUAAUAGGGUAUAAUUUCAAAAUAAUUGCUUUUUAUUUAAGAAAAAUCAGUAACCUUCAACCAAUAACAGGUUAGAGAAUUUAAAGGUAAAAGACAUUUCAACUAAUUACAAAUACUUUGUUUUUUUUAGUUGGGCAACAUUCUACCACUCUAGGAAUAGCUGUUAAUUAUUUUUUAUAUAGGUUAUUUUUGUGUAUUUAAUGUUGACAACUGACGUUUCCAAUAUAUAAAAACUUGUGUAACUGAGAAAAUUAUAAUGAAAAUAGAGAUUGAGGAUAUAUUUUUAAUGUAUAUCCAUGAGUCAACACUAAUAUUUAAUAUUUGAGAUUUGAAAAAUUAGGGUGAGAAAUUUUGUCACAAUAUAAUAUCUGUAUAUUGUGCUUUUUUAAGAGAAAUUUUUGAUGAAUUUAAUGUUAAUUAAAUUUUAUCUCAGCCUAUCACCAUCAGACCAAAAGAAGAUACAGUAUUUUUCUAACAAGGAAAAGAAAAUACAUACAUAUGUAUUUUUAUAUACAAAUGUAUAUGUGUGUAUAUACAUAUAAUUUCUUUUUUUUUAAUAAGAAUCGAGACAGGGUGUCACUAUGAUGUGUGGGCUGGUCUCGAACACCUACCUCAAGUGAUCCUCCCACCUUGGCCUCCCAAAGUGCUAGAAUUCACCAUGAGCCACUGUGCCAGUUUCCAACAAGAAAAAUAUUAAAUGUAUUGGUUUUUCACAGUGAAACUUAAUUCAGCUUAGGUGAACCAUAUAUGUGUGUGUAUGGCAUAUACAAGAUGAAAAAGGGAGGAAAAGUAAUAACAAUGGUUGCCAUCAAUCAUUGAACACCUGUAAUGUUUUAGGCAUUAUACUAGCUGACUUACAAAUAUUGUCUCAUUUGAUGCUACGUUUAUAUUUCUAUGAGGUAGAUAUUGAUUUCUAUUUGACUGCUGAAGAAACUGAAGGGCAGGCAGGUCAGGUGAUUUGCCCAAAGUCCACACUGUCACUAAAUGAAUAUAGAUUGGUAUGACUCCCAAGCCUGUGAGUUUUUGACCAUCAUAUUCUGCCUCACUAUGAGAAGUUUUUUUUAACUAAUUUUUUUAAUUAAACGAAGCAGUGUAUGGAGAGAGAGGUGAUAAUCCAUGUUUGCUCUCUGCAGUUUCCAGACCAUUCAUGGCUUAUUUUUAUACUGGAUAUAGUCAUUUUUUAAAAUGCUACAAACUAUUCAGAAGAGCAUGAACAACAUGAUAACUCCUUAUAAUUUUGUUGUAAGAAAAAUGGCUAAAAGUAUGUGGGAUGUUUAAUUUGGAUAAGUGAAGAUUCUAUCACUUGAUAAGCUCUCUUGAAGAGUCAUUAUUUGAAAGAUUGAACUUAAUUCUGUAUUGCCUGAACUGUAAAUCAGAGGUCAACAAUUAGAUUGCAAAUCAUGAAAAGCAUACCUUUUCUAAUUGUUCAGUGUUUUUAGGAAAACAAGUAAAAAAAAGUAAAAUUCUCAUUCAUUGGAGAUAAGAUUUUUAUUUAUUAAAGAUGCUUCAGGAGAGUUAGAUAGCAAGUAGGUAAAAUGUCUUUUAAAGAUAUCUGACAUCUUUAAGGCUCUGUGAUUUUUAAAUUCUUAACUUUGUUACAGCUAAUUUUUAAAAAUUAAUUGCUGUGUCAUGGUCAAGUAUUUCUGAUGACUUAUUGCUGUCUUUGGUAUAUUUUAAGUUUCUAAACCAAAACUAUUUAUAUUACCCUGUUUUACAAAAACAUUUGAGUUAUACAACUUAGUAAAAGGUAUUUUAGCGAUGAUGUUUUGGAGCACAGGUAAUAUAGUAUUUAACUUAUUUUCUAUUUUUUAUCCCUCUACAUUAGUGAAAGUAAUGUACUUCUAUUUGAAAAGCUUUCCCCUAGUGAUUAAAAAAAAAAAAAAAAAAAGGCUGCGCACUAUCUGUAAAAAUUUUUAAGGUGGUGUCCACUAGGUGGAGAUAUUGUGCUACAUUUCCAAAUGUAAUUAAACUUUUAUUCAUCUGAAUUAAACUCUUUUAUACUGUUUUGUUGUAUUUAACCACAAAGAUUUAUAAUCAUUUAUAUCUAUUUAUCAUAAUGUUAUUCAGAUGUUUCCUGAGUUGUAUGAAGCUAAGGUAAAUGUAAAAAAAAAAACCCUCACUUUUGUGUUUUGUAAUCACAUAUUAGAUGAUUUAACCUAAUAUAUCUUCCCAUAUGAUAUGAUCUUUUCAUGUGGCAUACUUCAUUCAUAUGACAUAGUCAGAAUCUUUUCCCACAAACAAUGAGUGAUGAUGUCUCAUUUGAAAACUCGUGUAACAUUGUAUGAGCCACUGUUUUAAAGUGAUGUACCCAUGCUAGUCUCAUAACAACUCUAUGAGAUCAGUAGUGUACACAUGGGGAAACUUAGUAGAGAGAGGUGAAGUAUUUUUUCCAAGAUUACAAAAUAACUGUCUGAGCUGGGAUUCAUAACCAGGCAGCCUGACUCCAAAAUCAAUAUUCUUAACUCUAUUGAUAUGAAGGAGAAAGGCAUGAGGUCUACCUUCAAAUUCAUGGCAUUUUAGAAAGAAAAAUUGUCACAAAUAAUGUGAUUAUACUUCCUAGUUUUAUAGGUCAGGAAAAUGAAGUCCACAGUAAUUUUGCCUCUUCCACAGGGAGACAGACUCUCAUCUACCAUUGUGUCUUCUGUUUCUGUUUUUGUCAUCAUCCCUCAAAUUGAUAUAUGUUGUAAAUACGAAUUUAAGGAAGUAAAAAACAAAAUAACUCAGGGCUGGAGCCUUCAGCCAUAUUAAUAUACAUUGACAUAAAGACCUUUGUUUUAAUAAGAAUGAUUCCAGUUACCAAACGGAGAAGUAGUUGUUUGAAAAUUAAUAUUUAGCUUCUCAAAAGAGACUCCUAUUUGGAAGCAAAUUGUUGGUUAAACGUGACAUACUUUAGAUUUUUGAAAAAUUCUCGGUUGAAUAACAACAAUUUCAUUUUUAAGAAUGUAUGAAUAUGUGUUUCAUAUGCUUUUAAGUUAUAUAUUUUAUUAGAUACUGUUCUCUAAAAUGGAAAUGUUUAUUUGACUUCUAAAAGUCAUUUGUGAGUUCAUGCUGUGUAAAACUGCUUUUCUGCUUUUAUUCUUUAUAAAAAAGUUUGUUCAAAUAGCAUGUUUUUAUUUCGUUUGUAAAUAAAUUCAUGUUUGAUAAUGUUUUA